AGCGUAUAGGAAUUAAAAUGCAAGCAAGGCAGCCAAGAAGUAAACAGAAAACCUUACAAUCAGAUUGUUUAAUGAGUUGUUUUGAGUUACACUGUGCUCUCAGUGACAAUCCUCGUAUAGUUUUCAAAGAAUUAAGGACCGUCUUCAUGAAUUAACUGAAAAUGAGAAUUAACGUAUUUCCAAUUAUAUUGGCUGCACUUAUCUCACCCUGCUUGUGUUUCAAUGGGGAACUAGCUGAGCUCGAGUGUCCUGAUGAUUGCGAUUGCCACUACUUCAGGAUAAACUGGGUAACAGACUGUUCUGAUAGCCAUCUGUCGAGAAUACCCUACGAAGAUAUCAGUCUAGAUGUUUACAUCCUGAAUUUGAAUGAUAACAGUAUCGUAGAUAUUGAGCAUUUUCCAUCAAACAUGAAAAUGCGUCGACUUCAACUUUCCGGCAAUAAGUUGACAGCACUGGAGAGGAAAAUGUUCGCUGGACUUUACUACCUCAUCGAUGCAGACUUUUCUCAUAAUAACAUCUCGAGAGUGGACCCUACUGCAUUUCAGGAUUCAACAGGAUUCAUAACCCUCGAACUGCAAGGAAACGCUCUGGAACCAGUCGAAGGUCCUUUCCUAUCCCAAAUAUCCUUGUUGACCUUGGACAUCAGCAGUUGCGGUCUGAAAUUCAUCCAUCCUGAUUUCUUCGCUAAUAUCACCUCUCUCAGCGAUCUGGAUAUUUCCAAUAACCCAUUAGGCUCAUUGCAAGGAGUCGUAUUCAAACCGUUGGCCAGCUUGGAAACCCUGAAGAUGAAUAAUUGCAACCUGAGUUUCAUAUCCAAUGAGGUGUUCGAUCCAUUCGAGAACCUGAAGCGCUUGGAAUUGAGCAAUAACCAUUUCCAGGACACAGAUUGGCCGCUCGUUCUAAGGCCACUCAUACGACUGGAAACAUUGAAUUUGAGAAAUUCCAAUUUGCAACAUCUUCCAAAAGAUACUUUCAAAAAUAAUAUUUACAUGAGAGUUUUGAUUCUGGCUGACAAUAAUCUACAUAACUUGGAUAUGAGUUCGAUGUUCCACAUACUUCACCACCUGGAAACUUUAGACUUGUCUAACUGCAAUCUAUCCUCACCUCUAUCACAGGAUUCAUUUACAAAUUCAACGAGAAUAAGAAGUUUGUAUCUUUCUGGAAACUCCCUGUUAGCAUCUGAUUCACUAGUUGCUCUGACGUCUCUCGUGGAUUUACACAGACUCUCCCUCAGCAACUGUGGCUUGAGCAAGCUUCCAGAUAUUUUCAAUAAUUUCAAAACUUUGCAGGAACUCGAUUUAUCUCACAAUCCUUUGAAUGACGUCUUCGUGAAACUCUUAUCCCCUCUAGAGAAUUUGGAAUAUUUGAAUAUGGGUUAUAGUAAUUUGUCUUACAUUUCCCCGACUUCAUUUUCUAAGAUGACAUCUAUGAAACGUUUGGUUCUUGCAGGCAACGAUCUGCAUACCUUGGAGACUGGUGUGUUUAGAAACCUCACGAAGCUACAGAGUUUGGAUCUUAGUUUUUGUGGUUUGAAAAGACCCUUCAACGCUACAGUUUUCUUCGCAAAUUUCACAGACGAAGAUAUAACCGAUCUUCAGUUAGCUGGGAAUCCUUUACAAGUACCACAAGAAGGUGCCCUACUACCAAAACCACUAUCAAAACUACAUAACCUAGAUUUAAGCAAUUGUAGCCUUAUAUACCUACCACCUGAAGCAUUUCAAUGGACAAGAAAGAUAACAUCAUUGAUACUCGCCAAUAAUUUGUUCGAUAGUUCUUCGAAUUUCAGAUUUUUAGAGCUUUUACCUGAUCUGCAAUCUUUAGAUUUACGGAAUAAUAAGUUGUUAACGUUCGAUUUGAGCUAUAUCGUUCUGAAUCCUCACUUGAAUAGGCUAAAAUUAGUCGGUAAUCCUUGGAAAUGUGAAUGUUAUAUUGCUGAUAUUUUGGACAGAUCAUUAGUUGAUGAAGAUAACAUCAAAACCUCCGAUAAUAAAGGUCAAAAACUGCUAACCUGUAUCUAUGACAGUGAUAAAAUUCCUUUAACUUUGAAAAAUACUGAGAGAACAUCACGCAGAAGGCCCUUCAAAAAUCCCCAAAGAACUGUAACAACAGCAAAUAGGACCUGGGCUAAAUAUAUCAGGGAAUCUGAUUGCGAGCUACAUUUAAACCAUACAAGAUUACCUAGGUCAGCUGAGAAUCUAAGAUCAAAUUUGGGUCCAAAUAAUUGGGCUGUGGCAGCAGUAAAUACAAUAAUUGUUUAUGGUACAAUUAUGGCUAUCUUAGGUGUGGUAUUCUUGCUAACUAAAAAACAACGUUCUGCACCCAGAAUGUUCAACAAAGAUACCUGAAAGUAUUCAGAUAUCAAUCAAUUGAGUUUGUGAUAAUUGAUAGUGAUUUUUAUAUGUGAUGACAAAUAAUGUAUUGAGAUAAUGUGUAAUAAAUUGAAUCCACUUUUAUAUGUUGAAAAAGAAAAUUUUCACUUUUCAGAUUAUCUGUUUUGUAUUUAAUUGAAGCAACUCUUUUAAUUAUUCAUGUUUUUAGUAGUGCAAGCAUUUUGUAUAGAUUGUAUUGAAUGAAGAACAAAUAAAGUUUUUCGAUUA